AGCGUGUUGACGUCACACGGCGUACUCCAGAAGAGAGCGCGAGGAAAGAAGGGUACCACAGGCAGCCUGUAUUUUUGGGCUUAUCCCCCCUAUCCUUCUUUCCCCAGCCUCGGCCAAUGUCCGUUUGUCUAACCCCCCAACUCGGGAGCAGCAACCGGCCAGCCAGGUAGGCAGUCGGCCUCGCUGCGUACGGCCAUGCUGGAGGAGAACCACUGCUACGGGCUUACCGGUGGCUCGUUGGCGAACGUCUCGGUGUUUCACCUCAAACUUACUGACAGCGCGGCGACAGCCAUUAGCAAGUUCCACCACGACAAGAGUUCUCCUCUCCUUCAGGCUUCAAGCGCACCUCCCACUAUCUGUUUCAAUGGAAACCAAGGGAAAAUUACAAUUCCUUCCUCGAAGAACGGCGCCGACGCCAGGGUCUUCGUGUUCGGCAUCGCCAACGUUGCCCGUGACAAUCCACACGGCAGCUUCGACUGCAUCCAGCAAGUCGACUCCGGCUCGACGCAGGAGCUGUCGUGUCUGGGAGUGAUCCAGAAGAAGAUGACUGUGAGGGCCACGGACGACUCGUACGACAAAGCCCUGCAGAGCAUGGCGCAGGCCGAGGAGGAGAACCGCAGCCGGGGGGCCAUCGUCAUCAAGCAGGGAGGUCGCUUCAAGCAAGGCAAGAAGGUGACGGUGCGCGCCCCAGCCCCGGCUUUGGCCGGCCUGACCAAACCUCGCCAGACGGCCAAAUCGCCCCUCGCGGUCAAAGCGGGUGCCACCCCAUCCAAGGGCAGGAAAGUUGGCGGCGCGUCCAGUGGGAGAUGCAGCGUCCAGCAGCAGCCCAUCAGGGAGAGGGCCACGCACUUGCUGGCCCUCAGGCCCUACAAGAAGCCAGAGCUCAUGUUGAGACUACAUAAAGACGGACUCACGCUAACUGAUAAAAAGAUGCUGGACUCCGUGCUCAAUGAUGUGGGCCAACGUAAUAGCCGAGACAACACGUGGGUGCUCAAGGACGGCUUGUACAAGGAGCUGCGCAAAGACUGGCCCGGGUACACGUCGGGAGACCAGCAGCUCCUCAAGCGGAUCCUUGUCAGGAAGCUGUUCCAGCCUCAGCAGAACCUCCUCACCGUCCCAGAGGUGCAGGUGAGCCCGCUGCGGGACACGCCCAACUCGUCGCCGGCACACCGGCCCAAACCCGCCCCUGUCGAGGAGUACACCGACCCUCUGGUCAGUAAGAAAACCAGGAUAUCGCACUUGACGCGGAAAGCCGCUGCCACGCCAGGCGACGAUGUCCGUUCCGAGCACUCGCUGGACCCCCGCAAGCUUUUGGACUCUCUGUCGGCGGCCUGCGGGCAGGAAACAGCUCAGGUGAAGAGUGACCCUCUGCCUGAUGUUGACAGAAACUCUGUUAAAAGGAAGAAGAGCAAACACAGAGAGCAGAAGGAGGAGAGGAACAGAGGCAGCAAAGAAAGGAAAACAGAAACCAGUUCAACCACUCAAGUUACUGUGGACAAUGCAGAAGCCGGCUAUGUGACGUUUGACUCGGACAGCCUUCAAGAAGCCGAGCAGAACACGGAUUAUUUAACGACUUACACGGAGAUCAGCAGCCCCGCUCAGCGGCAGCGCUACAAGGAAGAGUUCAACAAGGAGUACAGCGACUACCGAGAUCUGCACGCCCACAUCGACGGCGUCACCCGCCAGUUCAUGGUGCUGGACACGCAGCUAAAGCAGCUCCACCAAGACUCGCACAAAUACAAGACUAUUCACAACCAGAUCGUCCAGGAGUAUCGCCAAAUAAAGAAGUCCAACCCCAGCUACAGCCAGGACCGCCUGCGCUGUCAGUACCUCCACAACAAACUGGCUCACAUCAAGAAGCUCAUAUCCAAGUUUGAUCAGCGGCAACUGGAGCAGUAUUCCGCCCCCAAGUGAGGAGGAAAAACUUCUCCAGUGAACGUCACGGUUACAGGGCUCCAGAAACUCUGGUCUCGUUGCAUCAAUGGUCUCUGGUCGGCUGUGACGGGAAGCGCACCGACUGGAUGGAGUGUGAUGGUCGCUUCAGCCAAAGAUGUACGCAGCGGCAAUUGCAAGCAGUGAAGCACAUGAAGUGAUGGCACUAUACUGGAGUGGGGGGGAGUCUUUUUAUCAUUAUUGUUCAUACUGAGAAGGCACUGUUAUCGUCCGGAUUUUUUUUGUGGGGGGGGGCUGCCUGUCAUCUGGUGUUAUUCAACGUGUUUGAAUCUGCAUUCAGGGAUUUUUCUCCAUGUAUUGCUGGAAUUGAAAAGAAUUCUAAGGAUAAAAACAUGUUGCACGCUACCUGUCUUAAAGAACGCAUGGCAAUGAGUCUAUUUUGUGUAUGCCAUUUUUAUUCACCUUUAUUGCCUCUGUCAUAAUAAAAUGGUUACAGUUGGAUGUCAAUGAAUUACUUUUUAAAUAAACUUAAAAUUGAAGCUGAA